AUAGAAAAGUAAGUAUCGAUAUUUCACUUGUAUCGAUUGGGAACAUUACUUCGUUGCAACAGCACUUGUUCCUUCUUUCAAAGGUUUUGAGACCACUCGUCUGGUGCGUUCAAGUUCGUCUUUUCUUUUAAGAAAUUUUUAUUAAAAGAAAUGGGUCACGCUAACAUUUGGUGUUCCCACCCGAAGAAAUUCGGACAAGGAUCCAGAUCAUGCCGAGCUUGUGCCAAUGGACACGGCCUUAUUAGGAAAUAUGGGCUCAAUUUAUGCAGGCAGUGCUUUAGGGAGUAUGCUCAUGAAAUUGGAUUUAAGAAGACUGGAGCAGGGCAUCCGGUACACUGGACGGUCGCUGGCCAAUGGACCAAUGUUGCAAAUGAGCCUCUCAUUGACAGCGGACCAGUCCCAAUCCUCGAUACCUCCUUUAAGUACUUAAAUGGCGGGAAAGUUAAUAGUAGCUGGCCCAAGAGUCGCUUUCGUUCUCUUUCGGAUAAACCCGAACGCAUUCGGGAUUCCAGGAACAAGUGUGACCGAAGUGAUUGUGAACCAGGCGUAAUCCGUGCGGAACUCUUGUGA